AUGGGCUCCAUUAACAUGGAUGCGGUUCUGGAUUCCUCUAUUUGGCAGAUAUCACAUCAGGAAGUUAAGGAGAAAGCAACUUCUAAAGACACAAUGCAUGUCGCCGUGGGAAUCCAUCUUGACGGAACGAAGGACCAAACCGGAUUCAUGGACGAGUGGGAGGUGCAAUUGAAAAGCCUUGUCAUCCAUUCUCCGAUUGACUACCACCUUCAUAUCCAUAUCAUUGUGAAUCAAGCUGCAUUGCAAUCGAUACGGGAGCGUAUUCAAAAGCAUAGUUUGACGGAAAUCCGAUCUCGAAAUUACAUUCGGAUGACAUGCUACCCAGUCGAUGACUAUGAAGCCGAAUGGAACGAGCUGAUUUACAACUCUACCAACAAAACACCAUUCAAUACCGCCAAGAAAAUAUAUACCAUUGGCGCAUACUACAGAUUGAUCGCAGAUAGGGUCUUGCCGUUGGAUCUGGUGAAUGUGAUCUACAUGGACACAGAUGUUGUGCUGAACAGCAAUCUGAAUGCCCUUUAUCCUUACUUGGACUCUGAGAAGCACAUGGAGUGGAUUCAAAUCGGAUCAACCUAUUGCUCUGGCUUCAUGAUUAUGAAUCUGAAGGAAUUUCCUCGCCACUUUUGGCGCAAAAUGGACGAGUUGGCAAGGCAGAAGACAAACUUUGCUGGUGUGCAUGACCAGUACUUGCUGCGCCUUGUGAGGGAGAGCUUGCCUCCGGAAAGUACAGGAAUUCUCCCCAAGGAGUGGAAUGUUCACUACUCCGACCAUCACCGAGACCAAAGCAGAAUUGUUGACCAAGAAAUAGCGUACUGGCACUUCAACGGAAUUCGCAACCAACGGCGUGGAUUCUGGCAUAGAGAUUACGACUUUAUGUGUCGCAUGGAUGUUUCGGUCGAAUGUCCCCGUGAUUCGUCAAACGAAACUACAUUGGAGCGGUUUCGUCAGUCUUGGCCUAUAGCCGAUUUUUACGUUCGAAUUCCUUGGUUGUGGGUCCGAUAUAUGGCCAUGAGCUUGAUCCCAACUGGUGAAGAAGGCUACUUGCUAGCCUUCGCUGUUGUGGGAACGUAG